CACAGUUGGCGGGAGUAUAUAGCCUGGUUGCUUUUAUUGCGUCCUUUCAAGGUCUAAAACAUCAGAUGUCUUUCAUUUAUGUUGACGGCCUUCGAAAGACUAAAGAACUAUCAAACAGCGAACAUCUAGAAGAGGUUGAGAGCAAGAGGAAGAAGAAGACGAAGUAUGAAAUGAAGCAGUUGGAUGGGAAAAGGAUUUAUUUAGAUCUUCCAAACCUUUCGAGAAAGAAAUUGGAGCAACUGCGUGGUGAUUUGGAGUUGUUUGGAGCGGAGGUCUGUGACUUUCUCAGUAAAGAUGUUUCGCAUUUGAUAACUACCAGGAUGGACGCGUACCAGGCUGACAAUGUGGCUAUGGCCAGCAAUGUGUCAACACCUAGUCCUGCCAACAUCUCAACCCCCAGUCCCUUCCAGACAAAGAGCUCUGCUAGUCAUCCUCGUUCCUCAUGGGUCCAGUCACCUCAAGAAACGGAUUCUCCUGCAAGCUGUGAGAUGAAGAAACCGUUUCCACCUUUUUAUAACACCAGAGGCCAAUGCUUUGUGCAGAAGGCAGUUGCAACAAAUCAUCAGGGUUCCAGUAACUUGAUUGCAACAGCUCGUAAAUUUAAUGUCAAAGUCAGAACGCUGGAUAAAGUUUUAAAAUGGAUUGAAUCACGCAAACUAAUGUCCGAAAAACAAGCAAUUCCGCAACAUAAAACAACUGACAUGAAGACAAAGAGUCGUUGCAGUCCAUCUACUCUUAAAGUUCGUCCUUUGAAAUCACCAUUUAUCAAAGUUGAAGAUGUAAGCCGCAUGUAUCGGCCCCAGUUUCUCUGCUUUGAUCACUGGCCGUUCAUCAACUUUGAUGCUCAUCUGGGGGUUUCUCCGUUUGACGUUCGGGAGAAAGACAGCAACUCGAGACACAGACAAGGAACACGGGUGGACAAACAGCAUGCGAAGGGUUACAGGAAGCGGAGAGGCUACUGUGAGUGUUGCCUGGAAGAGUUUGAUGAUCUGAGCGGUCACUUGAAGUCGAAGCAGCAUGUUGAGUUUGCAACAAAUGAAGGAAACUAUGUGGACGUUGAUCAAUGCAUCGGCGAGGGAGUGACAUUCGAGGAGUUCCUUGCCAAACAGGGAAACGGCGAUGAAGAGGGACAGACAAGAAGUUGGAGUGUAGAUAUGGUGGAGACGUCAUUAGUUGAGAGUGAAGACGAUGUCAAACUGAUUUCGAUCAGGACGGGUGAAUGGAGUGAUGUUUGUGUACGUGACAACAUUCACACACAAUUGUAUCAACCGAAUGAUACGCAUCGCUGUGACUUGCAUGACCAGUUACAGCCAACAGUAGGUAACACGAAUGACGGUCAGACAGAACGUGAACAGGAAUCCAUAUUAAAGAAACGCGACUCACAAGACAGUAAAACAUCAGAUACUUUCCACGGAUUCACAAAUUUUGAAAUCAGUCGGACACUCGAAAAGUUACGUCUCUACUCUCCAAACUCAUCACAACAGACGGCAAUUACAAAGACCCCACAGAAGUCAACAAAAACACUCAAACGAGAACUUGAGCAUCCGCAGAGCAAAUACCUCAAUCGCGGACUAACAAAUCAAGAGCAAGAACUAACAAUGUUAACCCUCACAACCGGAGAGAAAAACCUCCGUAGCAGGACAGCCAAUCUAUUGGCAUCUCGACAACAAGCUUCCUCGCCUAUCAGAGUAACAAGAAAGCGAAAACGCAACAAUCUAGUUUCCGACGAAAGUAGUCUAUCACUCAUGCACUUCAAAGCAAGCCCGACAUGGCGACGACCAAGAAGGAAACAAAGAAGUAGAAACGGAUUAUUAGCUCACAAUCGGUGACGAAGCAAACUUGACUGCUUCACAUUUUCUCGUUUGAUACUGAUUCAUACAGCUAUCUAGUUUGUCAUACAUUUGUUGUACAGUCUGCCUACAAUUCGAUGGUCACUAUC